AUGGCUUUGAAGAGGAAACUCGACUCUCACUCCGGUGACAACGAGCGCAGUACAAAGCAGCUCAAGCUUGUCCCUUUCCCUACGUACGAGCCAGACAAUGACGUCUGCAUGUUUGACGCGUCUUCCGACCAAGACCUAUUGACCGUCGACCCCCACCACGGUCGUUUCAACUCCACCUCCAGCGCUGUCUCGUCUGAUGCCGAGUCCCCGGUAUAUCCUGCGUCGUUGUCAGCUCUCUACCCACCAUUCACCGUCGCCCCCGGCCAAUUCUUCGCCCCCAGCGGCCGUGUGAAUACUGAUUCUCACAAUUUCUCGAGGUACUCUCCUCCUCCUCAGAGGCCUGUCGGUAUCUUCGAGCCCAGGCGGUCGUUCUCUCACAACGGUUCCUGCACUCAAAUUCCGAAGCUUCGCGUCGCCUGCUCUUCCGGUGUACAAGGCCAGAGGUCCAUGUGGAGCCACUGCGAACAAUGUGGCGCCAUCGAAAUGAUCGACCCCGACUACUGA